AUGAAGCUAACUGAUCGCCCUCCUUUUUCUCCCAAAAUUACAGGCCACAAAGACUGGCAACCAUGGGUUAUCGACGACGAGAACGAGGUGGAUAGACUCCUCAAGGGCGCCUACGACCGUGGGCUCAACAGCUGGGAUACCGCCAACGUGUAUUCGAACGGCGAGUCCGAACGCAUGAUCGGCCGCGUCAUCAAGAAGCACAAUAUCCCCCGCCAUAAGCUGGUCCUCCUCAGCAAGUGCUUCGGCACCGUCGGCGAGGAACCUGGCGUCGUGCACAUCAAGUACCCCGAGCAGAUCAAGAAGAGCAAAGACUAUGUCAACCAGGGUGGCUUGAGCCGUGCUGCCAUCUUCAAUGCCGUCGAGGCCAGCUUGGAGAGAUUGGACACGAGUUAUCUGGAUGUGCUGCAGAUUCACCGCUUUGAUCGGUCUGUGCCGGUGGAGGAGACCAUGAAGGCUUUACACGACCUCGUGCAGUCGGGCAAGGUUCGGUAUAUUGGCGCAAGUAGCAUGUGGGCCUACCAAUUUGCCAAGAUGCAAAACUGCGCCGAAGUCCACGGCUGGACCAAGUUCGUGUCCAUGCAGAACCAUUACUCGCUGUGCUACCGCGAGGAAGAGCGCGAGAUGAACCCAUACUGCCACGAGACGGGCGUCGGCCUGAUCCCCUGGGCCCCUCUGUACCGCGGGCUGUUGGCGCGCCCCCUGGGGUCGGAAGCCACGGUGCGCGAGGAGAGCAUGAAGGGCAACCCGAUGUUCGGCGACCUGGACCCGGCGGACCGCGAAAUCAUCAAGCGCGUCAUGGAGCUCGCGGAUAAGAAGGGCUGGAAGAUGUCUCACGUCGCCCUGGCCUGGAUCAUCCAGAAGGGAACCAUCCCCAUCGUCGGCUUCAGCAACCUGGCCCGCCUCGAGGAGGCCGUCGCCGUCAAGGGCAAGUCCUUGACCGAGGACGAGAUGAAGUACCUGGAGGAGCCGUACAAGCCCAAGGCCAUCGUUGGACACUCGUGA